GAGAGUUUCAUCGUGGGGAGCAGAAAUUUGUUGUGAAGCAUAUGUGCUAGGAGGAAAGAAUGCCUUAGGAGCAGAAUGGGUGCCAAGUUCUUGCUGCUUGAAGGAUGUUAUUCUGACCAGCCUCUUUGCCCGUCUCCUCCUCCCUCAUGCCUUCAGCUGCAACAGGAAAAGACAAUUUUGUCUGUAAUCCGAAAUGAGCUUCUCUGUCAGACCCUGAGGAGUAGGUGGAAGUACAGAAGAACUCAGCAGGGGGGAGAAAGGACCUUUCGUAAAGGAAAGUUGUGAACAUGAGGAGUCCUCCACAGACCUAUGAGGAGGCCUCAGGAAGGGACCGGAAGAGGAGAUGUCACCGAGGAAAAAUCUUGCUCCUCUUUGCUGUGCUGUUCAGCGCUGUUCUUGGCAUCGUGCUUCUCAUUUUCUUCACCGUCUUUACCUGUGGCCUAGAAACCUGCAAGACUGCAGAGUAUCUAGCGCUCAUGACAAAGUUGCUGGAAGCUCGUAAUGGUACUGUGGACCCUUGUGAGGACUUCUUCAGCUACACUUGCAGCAACUGGGAAGCCAACCACACGCAGGGGACAAACGUGCCAUUGGCGAAUGUCUUCGACGUCCUCUUGGAAGAAAACCAGCUGAUCAUGAAGAGGCUCUUAGAGGAGCAACCGCUGGGAACCAACAGUUCAGCGAAGGAGAAAGCCAGACGGUUUUACAGCUCGUGCGUGAACACAGAACGGAUUGAAGCACGAGGUGCUCAGCCCUUGAAGGAGCUCAUCAAUGAGGUAGGUGGAUGGAGCAUCACAGGCUCCUGGAGGGAGACAGACUUCAACCGAACUCUUCAGAGACUCAUGAAAAGAUACAACACGUUCCCCUUCUUCAAAGCCUACGUGGGACCCAGUUCCUCUGAUCCAAGCACCAACAUUAUCCAGAUCGACCAUCCGGAAUUUGAGCUGCCGCUGGAAAGUCACUUCAAAAAAACAGAUUAUCCCAAGGUCGUACGUGUGUAUCUCUCUUACCUGCUAAAGCUAGCAGCCUUGAUGGGAGGGCACAUGAAUGUGACUUCCAACUACAUCUCCCUGGCAAUCUCUUUCAUUUCCAACCUCCAGAAGGCUGUCACACCACUCAAGGAGAGACAGGAGAAAAGGAUGCUAUUCCAUCGCACCACCAUCGGAAAGCUACAGACGGAGGCUCCCGCUAUAGAUUGGCUUGCGUGUCUCCAGGCCGCUUUUCAUCCAGUGCAGCUGAACACUUCUCAGCCGAUUGCUGUGCAUGAUAUGGACUAUUUGAAAGGCAUGUCACAUCUGAUUGAAGAAUGGCAGAAGAGGAGGGAGACCCUACAGAUCUACAUGAUACUCUGCCUGAUUGGGAACAUGUCCCCCGCCUUGGACCGACGGUUCCAAGAAGCUCGGCAGGAACUGGCGGAUAAACUAACUGGAAGGAUGACAGAACCAGCCGAGAUGGUUAGAAGUGAGCGUUGGAGGAAAUGCCUGAGUGAGACCAGUACAUUCUUUGGUCCCGUACUUGGAGAGAUGAUUGUGCAAGAGAUCUUCCCCCAGAAGGCCAAGGAUCUCGCUCAGCAGAUGUUCUCUGAGAUCCGAGAUUCUAUCCACAGCCGACUGGAUCAAGUGGAGUGGAUGGACAGCCAGUCUCGCCAGGAGGCCAAGGAGAAAGUGUAUGGGGUCCAGGUGGAGAUUGGCUACCCAGAAAGUAUCCAUCAAACAGAAGAAAUGGAUCGUGAGUACCAAGAAGUGGAAAUUCUGGAAGACAACUUUUUCCACAACGUGGUCGUCUGCCUAACAUUUCUGAGGAAGAAGUUCUCACAGAGACUUGUCAGUCCUCGUCUGCAGGAUAAUUGGGAAGUGGUCCCGUGGUCUGCUAAUUCUUAUUACUCCCUGAGACGCCAUGCUGUUGUCUUCCCUGCUGGAAUGUUCCGCCCUCCUUUCUUCCAUCCUGAAUUUCCCAGUGCUGUGAACUUUGGUGCAAUGGGAUUCUUCAUGGCACAUGAGCUACUACACUCCUUCUAUGAUUACGUGUGGCCUGAGACCUGUUCAAACUGUGACAUGGAAGCCCUGGCUAAUGGUACUGACUGUCUUGUGAAGCAGUACGAGAGGUACUCCCUGGAGGGUCAGCACAUCAACGGCUCUUUCACCCUUCUGGAGAACGCGGCUGACACGGGGGGACUUGCUAUUGCUUACCAGGCCUAUAAGAACUGGUUGGCCAAGCAGAGAUGGGUGAAGGACUUGCCUUGGCCUGGGGUCUCACACCAUCAGCUCUUCUUCAUCAGUUUUGCCCACGCAAUGUGUGGGCACCAGAGUCUCGAGAGACUGCAAAGCUUCUUACGCAAUGACCCACAUAGCCCACCACCUCUCCGUGUCCUUGGCUCUUUAAGCAACAGCCAGGAUUUCUCUAGGCACUUCCACUGCCCGAGCGAGUCACCAAUGAAUCCUGUUCUCAAGUGCCGCAUCUGGUAAAACAACCUAAAGAGCACAUGGGAUCAAGAGACGGAGAACGGACUGCAGGAUCCUAUUGCUUGGGUGACAUUAGCCCUGCCUGAAGCAGAGGACUAUCCCAUCUCUUCCCGGGGAAGUCACCUUUUCUUUCUCAUGUGACGAGCCAAGGUGGGAAAAAGACAUUCGCACUCAAUCACCCAGAUGGAACAGAAUACAGAGAAGAGUCUGCACUGUAGAAAUGCUCUUAUCACUUUUUGAAAAUCUCUUAACCUGCCUUAGGAAGGAUUUUUUGAGAACUGAAGAUCAGUGGAUGAAUUUUCAGGGACUCUCAGUUUCGUGGCUGUCUCGUCAAAGACAAAAAUGAGUUUUUCCUGUCUAUUAUUUUGGACUGCUCUAACCAGUACGGCCUUGUGAUAACCAGUUUAGAAGCCUGCUCCCGUUUCUGCUCUUGCCAAGAAGUAGAUCUAUGCCGGGACUACAUCACUUUUUCCUGCAAGUGAGGACUGAACACAACCAGGGCUUUUUCUUUUUUGCAGCAGGAACUCCUUUGCAUAUUAGGCCACAUGCCCCUGAUGUAGCCAAUCCUUCAGCAGCUUACAGGGUUCUUCUUACAGGGCCUACUGUAAGCUCUUGGAGGACUGGCUACAUCAGGUGGAUGUGGCCUAAAAUGCAAAGGAGUUCCUGCUACAAAAAAAGCCCUGAUUACACAACAAUGCCCCCCAAAUAAAACUUCCCUCCACAUAGGAAACUGGAUGUCAGGGAGAAGGAAAUAGGAAAUAGGCCCAAAUAUACAAUAUGUGUUUUAAUGA